GAGCGGCGCUGCCCCGCCCCCCUGGCGCUGGCGGCAACGGGACGUGCGACGUGGCGUUCUGCUACUGCGGGGUGAGGCUGAGGCGGCUGGCCUGCGGGUCCCCGCCGGCCGAGGGCGGGAUGUGGUCGCCAGCUGACGCCGCGGCGAGGGAGCUGGAGAAGGACUGCGCGCAGCCGGGCGUCCCCGGCUGUUCCAAAUGCCUCCUUGCUCUUACCACGAUAAAGGCCACGAAUCCCGAGGGUGGCGCCGGCGCGAAGGCACCGGGCAAGAAGAAGGAGCAGAUCGACCGAUCGACCGCGAGUGACCGUGACUGCGAGCUCAUGGGGCUCAUGUGGGUGUUGCAGCGCAACGCCACACGGUACGGAGCGGCGGCCACGACCGUGAUCCAGGCCCUAAUGGCUGUGGAUGAGGCGUUCGCCGCAGGGGUCACGGUGGCGGCAGAUGAUACGGGGGUAGCCGCGGCGUGCUCGCUGCCCGUGGACGACGACAUGCCCCUCCCGGCCGAGUACGCGCAGGUCAGCAGGGCCAGCGACGCGCCUCGUCUCUACUACUUCCUGCUCGUGCUGCUCUCCAUUCUAAGCUUUCGUUUUGUGUACUCGUUGUAAUACUUUGCGAUUUAAUUGAAGUUCGUUAUACGGUUUACCGUGAUUUUUUUUCUC